GCUUUACGGUCAACUUACGUUUAUCGAUAGAAGAAUUAUCGUAUUGUGUUAAAGAAAAUCCCUUUUUAAAAGUACACAUUUAAAGUCCAAUGGUAGUUAACUGAAUUAUUACUGGGAAUCAUCUGGGCGCUCUUACCCAAGAUAAUACCCCUCCCGACUUCCCUUUGCAACCGGAAGUUUUUUUAUUCUUCCUGUUUACAUCCAGGAGCCUGCGAGCUAACAGCCUAAAAUAAUCGGCUGCAGGAUUUCUAGCAAAAUGCCUGACAGUUGAUGAGUUUUAUGUGUUUAUUGUUGCUUCCUGCUGGUUUUUGGGGGGACCAUGGCUUCAGCUCGCCGGUGUUGUCUCUGUUUACCGUCGCCGGUUGUUGUGCUGCUGCUGCUGCGGUGGCCCGGGCUGCUGGUGGCCGCAGAGCAGGUCGCUUUGGUGGAGGUUUUUCUGGAGCAGCAGCCCGCUGUUAGCACCCUGCUCCAGGGGGAAGUGGUGGAGUCAAGCCGAGGUAGUAAGAGCUCAGAGACCCGGAACGAGGAGGAGGAGGAGCUGGAGGGGAACCUGGUCUUGGUUGGAGACGACGCGACGCAGCCAAGCGAAGGAAGAGACGGGGGAAAUGGCGACCGGCAGGAGCCGUGGAUCGGCGUUGUGCCGGUGGAGAUGGACGACAGCAAAGCCUCCACUGGGAACCAGGAGUCUUUUGCUGAUGCAGUGGUUAACAAAAUGAAGCGGGCGUUGGUCCUGGGAGCGUCGGCGCUGAUCAUCCUGGCUCUGAACCAAAAUACAGCUAGCGAGAUGGAUUUGUCCCAGGUUCUGCUGUCCAAGCCCAUUAUUGUGAUCCAAACAUCAGAGAACGUCACCAAGCUGAUUGGAGCUCUGCUGAGGGGUCUUCGGGCGACGGCUAAAAUCACAUAUGAGACGAUCCUACAGGACAACUUGGGCGCCACGCUGACCCUGUGGUCCAGCUGCGGCCGGUCCAGAGGCGGCCUGUACGGAGAGUGGCAGGGGGUCAUCUGCACCGGCGAGAGCAACUCUCAGGUCCAGAAGUACCUGCAGCAGCUGUGGGACACCGUCCUGCUGGUGGCGCUGAUCCUCUGCACCGGCGUCAUCGUUCAGGCCCGCUGGCAGUACCAGGACGACAACGACAACCUAGAGCUUCUUCCUAAGCAGGACGUUCUGAAGAAAAUGUCAUCGCUGAAAACCAAAACGUAUCGUCGGCCCAAACGCUGGUGCGACCCGUCCCAGCAGACCGAGACGGAGAACUGCGCGGUCUGUCUGGAACCGUUCAACAACAACCAGUGUCUGCGGGUGCUGCCGUGUCUCCAUGAGUACCACAGGGACUGCAUCGACCCCUGGCUGUUGCUGCAGCACACCUGCCCUCUGUGCAAACGCAGCAUCCUCGGCGCCGUCCGCAGAGACAGCUAGCAGCCGCCGCUCCGCCCGGACCUCGUCCCGACCGCGCCGCCCUCCCUGGGAGCGGAUCUGGACUCCAGGCGGCAGAAACUCUGCGUUUUGGAUUCCUGCUGAGCUUUAACGUCUGUUACGUUAAAAUGUGUGGAAUCUCUGCAGCUGAAGUCGGCUGCCGAAACGUUUCGACGUGUAAAAACUAUUUAUUCGCUCCAUGGACGACGACGACGACUUCUUCUUCCACACGCUGUUCACUUUAGCUCCUGAAUGAUGUCAGUAACAAACAUGUUCAUCUGAUUUAUUUCCUGCUAAAAUCACUUCUGUGCUUCCUGUUUGGAAAAUUAGCAGGUUUUUUCCAGGGUGAAAAGAUUAUUUAGCUUUCAAAAUGAUCCGUACUAAAACCUAAAUAUAAACGACAGUGGUGUGGAAAAGUGUUUGUCCUCUUCCUCAUUUUGUAUCUUUCAUGUUUAUCUCAGUUCUGAGUUUCAGGUCAUCAAACCAAUUUAAGUAUUUAUAAAUGAAGGUGUUAGAAAUCCAGAUGUUAAUUUGGAUUUAUUUCUAGUGAUGUCUGGACUGUGUGAAAAAGUUUGGUCCAAAAGCCACAAAAAUCUAAAUGUAAACAGAUUUAAAAACCACUAAAGCUGUUUGUUUAUAAUCCUUCCACCCUGGAAAACAAAGAUCCAAACUGACCUGACAAGAGUUAAAGUGCUGUGCAAAAGUCUUAAAAAAAAUAAUUUUAUUGUUAAAUUAAAGUGUAUUUAAGUGUAGUUUAUAAAGAUUUUAUAGUUAUUCUCUUAA